AUGAAUUCAUGUUCGAAUUUAUUUUCACCCAUUCAGAAAUAUUCUUUUUUAAAAUGUCGAUUACAAACGGAAUCUCAAGCAAAAUUCCUCACGCCACCAACUUGGUAUACUGAAGGAACAUCAUGUAAAUCCGAAGAUAAUUACCCAUGUUAUAUCGAUUAUAUGCUUUCGUUGUACUAUCGUGGUUAUGGACAAGUGCGAGAAUUGUUUCUUGAAGAUGUUCAAAUGGGUGAUCCAUCUCUUGUACUUCAAGCGCCUAAUCUGAUCAUAUCCCAAGAGAAUUUAAUGAAGAAUUUCGACCGAGCUCUUCAAUUAUUUGCUAACGAAGGCAUUCGAAAGCGUUUUAUGGUUAUUAACUUUUCAAAAAAUGUUUAUAUCAUCGGUGGAUAUCAAUAUUUUCCCAACAUAUCGCUACGACAAAUACCAAAAUACGAUUAUUUUUAUGAUAGUCAACUUGAUAAGUUAGUUCCUAUGAAGCCAUUACCCGAUGGACGUGUUAGUUUUGCAGUAUGUACCGAUGGACGAUAUAUCAUUUGUGCCGGAGGUCAUACGUACACGAAUGUUGCUUUGAAUUCUGUUUAUAUAUUUGAUACCGAAGAGAAUGUCUGGAUACGUUUACCAGAUCUACCUGCGCCAACUAGUGGUGCUGGUAUUGCGUUUUAUAACAAUAGAAUUCAUUUACUAGGCGGUUUUGAUAUUAUUUUGAAUCGUUCGAUUGUUCAUGGCGAAGUUGUGUUAGAUUUAGCGGAUAAAGAUAAAGGUUGGAUACGUCGAACGGAAAUCGUUCCAGGUCGAGCUCGACCAUUGCUUUUAGUGGUACCGGAUUCUCUAGGUGGUAAUCAAACAGCGAUCUACAGUGCUGGUGGUUAUGAUAUCGAUAAUUCUCAUAAGCCGCAUUCGGUUCCUCGAUUGGAAUCUUACAAUGAACGCUUCGAGCGAUGGGAAUUUAUGGACAGUAUUGACAAUUUACAAUUAGAACACGGUCUAACUUAUACAAGUAAUAAAUUGAAUGUCAUAGCAAAUAAUCAACGGAUACAACAAUAUGAUUUUCGUACGAAAAAAUGGACAAAGACGACGGUAAACAAUCAAGCAUAA